GGAGAGACGAAGGAGAAAGAAGAAGAACCAGAAAAGAGGGCCUUUGCUGCCUUCUCUCUUCUCAGUCCCCUAUCUAAUUCUCAAAGCCUCGUUUUUUCUCUAUACAUUUUCUCUUUAGGAAUUUUCUUUUCUCUCACCCUCUCUGUUUUACAAUUCGGCGUCGUUUGGAUUGCGGCCAACACUGGCCGAGCUUCGCCGCGAAUCUUGAGCUGCAAAUUCGCACAGGAGUGUUUGAAUCUUUUAGAUGAAUCCGAUUGUAUUUUGGAUCUGAAACCGUGAAAUUUGGAAAAUUUCGGCUAUUAUCUGACAGUAAUCACUGGAUUGAGUUUAUCCGCAGAGGAAAAAAUUCGAAACUUUGGUGAAAUUUGAAUUUUUAUAUUUGAUGGGGGAAGCUGACGGGGACGAGUCGGCUCCGACGAAGGGGCAAUCGGAUGCGGCAACAGCCGCUACGACGUCAUCUUCGUCUUCGAUGAGCGAUGUUCCGGCGAAGAAGCUUGCGAGGCAGCUGGAUUUCACGGGAUUUGGUGGCACACCGGCGAGUGUGGCAGUGCCGGAGCUCCCUAAACCGCAACUGCCGACCGUGUCGGUGCAACAGAGUCAGCCAAAGCCACCUGUAGUGGCUGUGCCGGUACCCGUUCCACCGCAGCCGCCCAUACCUUCAGUGAGGCCUGUGAAACCAGAAUCCCCAAAAUCAAGACCAAGACCCAAUGUUGAUGCAAAAGAUGGUACUCCUAAGAAGCAAAAACAGUGUAAUUGUAAACACUCUCGCUGCUUAAAGCUGUAUUGUGAGUGUUUUGCAUCUGGAAUUUACUGUGACGGUUGCAACUGUGUAAACUGUUGCAAUAAUGUUGAAAAUGAAGGUGCUAGGAGAGAUGCAGUUGAAGCUACAUUAGAGCGUAAUCCAAAUGCAUUCAGGCCAAAAAUUGCAAGUAGCCCUCAUGGACCAAGGGAUACUCGGGAGGAAGCAGGUGAGGUUCUGAUCUUGGGAAAGCACAACAAAGGAUGCCAUUGCAAGAAAUCAGGGUGCCUGAAGAAAUACUGUGAAUGCUUCCAAGCCAACAUUCUCUGCUCUGAGAACUGUAAAUGCAUAGACUGUAAGAACUUUGAGGGAAGUGAAGAGAGACAAGCUUUAUUCCAUGGAGACCAUGGAAACAACAUGGCAUAUCUUCAACAGGCAGCAAAUGCUGCCAUUACAGGAGCUAUUGGAUCCUCUGGCUAUGCGUCGUCACCCCCAAUAUCCAAGAAAAGAAAAGGUCAGGAACUCUUUGGACCGACAGCCAAGGAUCCAUCAAUUCACAGGAUUGGACAGUUCCAACAGGGAAACCACAUCAGACCCCCUGCUCCCUCUUCUCCGGCUUCGGUCCCUGUUAAUCGUCUUGGUGGUACUGCAGGAUUAGGGCCUUCUAAGUUUACAUACAGGUCUCUCCUAGCAGACAUCAUACAACCACAGGACUUGAAGGAGCUUUGUUCAGUUUUGGUUGUAGUAGCAGAAGAAGCUGCAAAGACACUUGCAGAACAAAGGAAUACAGCAGAGAAGCCGACAGAGACUUCCCUUACUUCAACGACACAAGACAGGUUGCAAAGCCAAAAGGAAUCUGAAGCUCAGAAAGCUGUGGCUGAUGAUUGUUCUAGUGCAAAUGAGGCUGAUAAAAUCAGCCCUGAUGAUUCCAAUUCAGAUGGUGCUGAUGUGCCCAAAGGGAGGCCAAUGUCUCCUGCAACUUUGGCAUUGAUGUGUGAUGAACAAGAUACAAUGUUCAUGUCAGCUGCUUCUCCUAAUGGAUUAAUGGGCGAUCGCUGCAACACAUCUUCACAGUUGCCUAAUGGACAAGGAAUGACAGAGGUCUAUGCAGAACAGGAAAGGAUUGUUUUGACGAAGUUCCGAGAUUGUCUUAAUAGGCUCAUUACUUUUGGAGAAAUAAAAGAAACAAAGUGCUCAUCAUUAGCCCGGAGUGAAGCAGAAACUCAAAAAGAGCAGCCCAGCAAUGGCAGUACAAAUGCAAGAAUGGAAACAGGAAAUCAGCAGGGACCAGUUAGCAAUGGUGUAGCAAAACCUGCUGUUCCACUCACGGCCAAAACGACAACACCACAUAUGGUUGCUGCGUUAGCCGUUAGUAAAACUCCCUCCCAUCCGGAAAAUGGAGAAAGUAGACCGAAAGAUUAAAACAGACCUGUAAAGAUUUAGCACACAAGAUUUGCCCAAGGUAUUGUUUUUCUUUGACUUGUCUACGUCGCAGUGCAAGACAACAGUACUAGGAAGUUAGGAACAACUCUUAGAGGUAUCCCAUUUUUCUCUUUUCUUCUUUUAAGGUUAUUAAUAUAUUUAUAGAUUAGUGUUUUUUUUUUUUGUUAGCUUUAACCAUAGUGAGGUCGAAGUGGUGUAAAAUGAAGAGCCUUGUAAUUGCACAAGAUAUCAUUUUAGAUCGUUACAUACAAAUUAACAUCAUAGUAUUGCCUACAUGUUAGGAUUUUGAUCUUUGCACAUGUGGAGAAACAGCGAGCAUUUACCACUUAUCGUGGAAAUAAUAUGUAACUUAGUUUUCCUUACUGGAGUAAUUUCAUUACUCUUUA